AGCUCUUAUUAUAGGAGGCCAGCAGAUAAGGCAUGUCAUAUAACCCAGCACAGCGAUCUGCCAGGCUGGGACCUCUGACAUACCCACACAGAGCAGACAUGGCGAGCAGGAAAGCAGCAACAAAGAGCAAAGCUGCAGCCAAACGCAGCCAGCGCGGGUCCUCCAAUGUCUUCUCCAUGUUCGAGCAGUCCCAGAUCCAGGAGUUUAAGGAGGCCUUUAGCUGUAUUGAUCAAGACCGAGAUGGUAUCAUUAAAAAAGAAGACCUAAAAGAGACCUACUCACAGCUGGGCAAGCUGAAUGUGUCAGAUGAAGAACUGGAGGCGAUGCUACAGGAGGGGAAAGGGCCAAUCAACUUUACUGUUUUCCUCACUCUCUUUGGGGAGAAGCUUAAUGGCACUGACCCAGAAGACACUAUCCUUGCUGCCUUCAAGCUUUUUGACCCCAGUGCCACAGGCUUUGUAAACAAGGAUGAGUUUAGAAGGUUGCUGCUGACCCAAGCCGACAAAUUCACAGAAGAAGAAGUUGAGCAAGCUUUCUCCCUUGCACCCAUUGAUGUCAGUGGCAACAUCGACUACAAGUCCCUCUGUUACAUCAUCACCCACGGAGACGAGAAGGAGGAGUCUUGAGAAGGCCACGCCCAGUGAGACAUUGCCGUGAUGAUGUCAGCACUUUCUGUGCUCCUCAGAUCUUCACAUCAGGAGCAGGAGUCCCUCACAGUGGAACCGCAGACAACCAUUAAUGUAACACACAAUCAACCAAUGAAUAAACAAAUGAAAAUCUG